AUGUUCAAUAUCACAAAAGCGCCAGAUGAAGUCGAUGUGAUGGCUGCCAAACCUCCAGAAGUAAGAGAUGGGACAAACCUGUCAAUACCACUGAAACUCCAAGAUAAAAAUGAUGUUAUAUCUGACAAGCAUCCAGUAGUAACAGCAAAACUGUCAGCUUUAGACGAUAGCCAGAAGAGAUGGUUGAUUGUUGGAAUAUGUCUUCACAGGAUAAUAUUACCAGCACUGAGGCAAUAUAUUGUUCCAAUUUUAACGGACCUGUAUAAUGAAUUAGUUCUCAAACAGAAUAUUGAAACGCAAACAUAUCAAACACAUUUAACACGAUAUGCACCAGCAAACACUGACCUGAAUUAUGAAGCUGUCAACAACAACAAAGCAACGUAUGGUAAUCAAAGAGCAAAGUACGACUACACAAUCAAGAGUGUUGUUGAUCUAUCGAAGCUAUUUCUACCGACACACAUGGCACCCGAUACAGGCUUUCAUGAAACAUGUGACAUUUCUGCUUUGCUGGGAUUGAUCAUCAAUACUGGCAGGUUCCCAGUAUCUGUUAGCUCAUGUGCAGAAAAUGUACUAAGUGGUAUAAGAAACCCAUGGGUUCAUUGCAAUUUCACUGAAUGGGAUGAUGUUAAGUAUUAUCAUUCAUUCGAACUGAUGGAGCAGCUAGUCAAGACACUUAGGCUGAGUUCCUACGAAAAGAGUCAAAUCAAUAAUGAAUUGAGAGAAUGGAAAAUUAAUGCUAAAUCAUCAGAUUUAGACGACAAUGAGAAAAGGUGGUUGGUUGUUGGAAUAUGUAUGAACACUGUAUUAAUACCAGCUUUGAGGAAAUAUGUUGUUCCAAUUCUAACAGUCCUCUAUAAUGAAUUAACCCGCUAUCAGAAUAUUGAUACGCAAAUAUAUCCAACACAUUCACAGUAUUAUCAACCAACAAACAGAUUCCUGAACUAUGGAGCUGUCAACAACAACAAAGCAAGGUUUGGUAAGAAACAGGCAAUGUACGACUACACAAUCAAGAGUGUUGUUGAUUUAUCCAAGCUAUUUUUACCGACACACAUGGCACACUAUACAGGCUUUGAUGACACAUGUGACAUUUCUGCUUUGCUGGAAUUGAUCAUCAACAUUGACAAGUUUCCUACAGUUGUAAAGUCAGAUGCUGAAGAAGUACGACGAAGUAUACAGAACCCAUGGGAACGAGGCAAUUGCACCAAAUGGGAUGCGGUGAAAUGCUCCAAUUCAUUCAAACUGAUGAGAAAAAUAGUCAAGGACCUCAGUCUGAGUUUAAACGAGGAAAAUCAAAUCAUUGAGAAAAUGAAAGAAUGGGAAAUAAAGGAACUUUUACCAGCAGACAAUGUUAAAAUGACGACCUCUAAAGAUGAAUCAGACACUGUUAAAAACGAUAUUGAAAUACAGGGACAUACAGGAGGCAAGCAUGAAGAUCCUGAUCUGCUUCCUUUUGCUGGAACGUCUGAAGAUUUUCGAAAACUGCUAUCCACUGGAACAUAUGAGUCGUUUGAAAAUAGAGUUUUCCUUUGUGGAAGUUGUGCAUGUGGAAAGUCCACCCUUGCAAGUGUUCUGAUUGGUAGCCCAAUACCACUUACAUGGAAAUCAACAGAUGGAUUAGUCAUACACUUUGGGCGAAAUGGUAUCAACUUGGAGAGUUUUGAGAUGGUCCCUUUAAAAGAAGAAGAUAGAGGUCAUAAUGUGUUGACCAAGUUAGUUAUUGGAAACCCGAAUCGUGAGACCACUACACGUCAAACUAUUGAUAACCAACAUGACACGUGCUUUGCGCCAUCCUCUAAUGAUUUGACAGAAUUAAAUCUUCAGGUUACUAAGAAUGAUGAAAAUUUCAGUUCAGAAGUUUCUGUAUCCACCGAGGAUGACAUUGGGGAAUAUGAAGUCUUAUCGAGUGAAAAGACCAGUACAUCUGAAAUGAACAAUACUUCAUCAAUUAGUCUGCCUAAUGUGAAAAAGGUUGAAGCUUACGCUGUACAUGAUGACAUUUUGAAAGAAGUUGAGAGUGGUCAAUACAAAGUUAAAAUUGCACCUUCAGAUUUAGUUGACUUUGGUGGUCAACGAUCGUAUGAUAUGACCCAUCAGUUAUUUGUUCAGCACGGUGGAACAUUUGUAGUGAUGUUUGAUGGCAGUAGGGAUUUUCAGGAACCUCUGACAGAAUAUCCUACGGAUGAUAUUUCUAAUGAAACAAUUGUGAAACAUUGGGUCAACUCAAUACUCACCUAUUGUGUUGAUGAUAGUGAUGUCAUGCCAAAGAUCUUGUUUGCUGCAACGCAUAGGGAUAUUCUCUCAGAUGAUAUGCAGAAGAAAAAGAAUAAGGAAUUUGUACAGAGAGUCACUGAAAUGUUUGGUUCCCAUGAAAUGAAUAAACACAUUGUCUUUGAUCUAGUUUUCUUCAUAAAUGGUACAGACAAAGACGAUCAAGAAAUACAGCAUUUGAAAAACCAACUUGUUACUAUUGCCCGGAACCAGCCAUCUUGGGGAAUACGACGGCCGAUGAUUUGGGUCCCAAUUGAGCUUCUGAUCGAUAAUAUGAUCAAAGAUAAUAUUCAUAUAAUACCGAAAGCAUAUUUAGCCGAGGCAAACACAAUGAAUAAAGAUUUAGCACUCUCUGACAAACAAAUGGACGAGUUUCUCUUAACACAACACGCAUUGGGCAAAAUCAUGUACUUUGAUCAAUCAGAACUUAACAAUUUCAUCAUCCUCUAUCCUCCUGCGUUGGUCAAUAUCCUGAGGUCAUUCAUCACAGAUGAAAUGUUUUGGCCCAAAGAUGAGACCCUUAGAAGUAUUCUAAGAAGAAUGACAGAAACUGGUAAAAUACACAAAACUGAUCUCAUUAAACUAUGGCAACAGAAACAAUUCAUUCAUCAUAUACCAGAUGAUGACUACAAAGAAUUCAUUAUCCAGGUUCUUGUGCAUCUCGAUGUUUUGGUCCUACCAAAACGAUACUCUGGCCAGGAUGACACACACGUAGAUUAUUUUUUAGUUCCAUGCACAACUAAACACAAGAUGCCGAUGUCCUUUCUGGAUGACAAAUCCUUUGCAAACAGAACAAUUGCGUUGGUCUAUCAAAUACGACAGUCAUCCAUACCGUCGGCAUUGUCUUUCAAACUGAUAGGUGCUGUUAGUGGUAUUUGGCCUAUCAAAGAGGUAAACGGACGUCCAUUAUUAUACCAUUCCUCAGCUGUACUAUCUGUUGACAGCCAAACCGAGUUUCGAAUAAUAGUAGAAGACAACAGAGUUGUCGUCUAUCUUACAAACAUGUCAUCUAGGCCUUGCAUCUCCCCAGAUAUCGCAGCCAGUAUUCAAGAGUGCUUGACCUUUACUUUACAAGCUGUUUUGAAGUUUUAUCUAAUCAGCAUAGGAAAGAACCACCAACAAGUAAAUGUGUCGAAUCUCUUUCACAUUGAAGUCGGAGAAGUUUGUGGCAGAUCUCCAUGUGUGGUAUCAGUUUUAAAGGCGAAACAAACUCCUGAAUGGGUGUGUGUUAGUGGAAAUACACAUUUCUCCAGAAUUCCUUUACUAUGGGUUUUUAACAAGACACAGCAAGAAUGUCAAUCCAAUUGUCCAGGUCUUGAUGAAACUGUCUUGACAAUGUCGCCAAGUGAGCAACAUCUCUCAAGACUUGCAUAUCAACUGAAUAUUCAAAGUUGUAGGGAGUUGAUAAUUCACCUCGGGAUACAACUGAAUGACUGGGAAGAUAUUGAGUACAGAUACGUACGCAUGCCUCUUAUUAUCAAAACCAUGGCAUUGAAUUUUUGGAAAACGAAAAACAUAGUGGGAAGACCAAACAAAUCAUUCAACAACUUGCUGGAUGCACUGAAGGCAGUUGGCGACGAAAGGCAUUUACUUUGCAAGGUGUUUAGGGAAGACACACAUUUAUUAGAUAUUGCAGAUGUCCGACUACAAGAAGUUCCACAUGAUGAUGUUUUGCAAGGUCUCCCCAAGAAUCUUGGUAACUGCACUAUACAACUCGGAAUUGAGCUAGGAAUAAGUGUUAGUUUGAUAGAAGAGACAAUGACUCGGCAUCCAAGGGAUAUGUACCUUCAGAUUGAAGACAUCCUGAGAAAAUGGAAAUCGUCAAGAGAAGUAAAACCUACAAUAUACAGGUUGAUGCUUGCUCUGGAACGCGUACAUACUGGAGGGUUGGAUUAUUUAAAGGGCAUCUAUCUUAGACAGUAAUCCAUGUUCAUAUUUAAUAAUUUUUAAAUGGUAUUAAUGAAACGUCUUUCUUAACUUCAAACGAUACCGUAUACUAGUGUCAAUUGAAGCUAAAGUCAAAGCUAUCAAAUAAUUCUCCAGAAAAUGUAGUAGAACAAAUAAUACAUUUCAUGAAAAACAACAUGUAUACAAAAACAUUUUUUUGUUGAUGUCUUUACGAAAUUUUAAAAUAAAAAAAAAAAUCUUGAUAAGAAAACAAGAAAAAUGAUAUAAUAUCUCUACUUUUGAAGUAUUUACUUAUUUACUAAGUCAAACAUUUUACAUCUUGUUAUCAGAUUCAACACCAAAUGAAGUCAUUAUAGAUAAAGAAAUUAAAAAUUAAUAACAUAAUGAUUAUUCAUGAAAAAAUAUAUAAUGAUGUUUACAACA